GAGGGUGAAGGUGAGGGUAGUACAAUCAUGUCGUGUAAAGCCGCCACCAAGGAUAAGAAGACGAGCUUCGGCAAGAAGUUGUUCAGACGAGGCUCGGUACGCUCCGUGGGUAGUUUUAUGAGCAGAGUCCUGAGGACGCUCACUGCCUUGUCCCACUUUGGUUCCGAAGUGCAAACCGACGACGACAAGGAUGACGGGGGCUUCUCGGCGUUUCACUCCGGACUUAAGGACGCACCCUUGGAGGACGGAGACCUCCGGUUCUACCUCUCCGGCGAGAGGAUUCCCGGCGUGUCCGGCCUGAAGAACCACGGCAAUACCUGCUUUAUGAAUGCUAUUCUGCAGUGCCUCAGCAACACCGAGCUUUUUGCCGAGUACCUCGUCCUGGAGCACUACAGGGCGGACGAGGCUAACCAGGAGGACAAACCAAAAACAAAUGGCGUCCAUCUGCAGAAGAAAGGUCCCAUGGCCAAGGGGGAAGUGACAGAGCAACUGUCUGGACUUGUUCGGGCUUUAUGGACUUUUGAGUACACCCCCCAGCACAGCAGAGAUUUUAAGAACGCGGUGUCCAAGAACGCCACGCAGUUUAAAGGGAACGCUCAGCACGACGCCCAAGAGUUUCUGCUGUGGCUGCUGGACCGAGUGCACGAGGACCUCAACACCGUCAACCCAAACGCCAGGCCAACCUUGAGGCCACCUAUCGACUUAGAUGACCAAACCACGGAGGGACCUUCCCCGCCCCUUUCGGCUGGCUCGUUCGUACAGGAGCUCUUCCAGGCUCAGUACAGGUCCUCCCUCACCUGCCCCCAUUGCCAAAAACAGAGCAAUACCUUUGACCCCUUCCUGUGCAUCUCCUUACCCAUCCCCCUGCCACACACACGCCCUCUCUACGUCACGGUGGUCUACCAGGGGAAGUACUCGCACUGUCUGCGGAUCGGCGUGGCCGUGCCCUUCAACAGCACCGUGUACCGCCUACGUGAUGCCGUGUCACGUGAGACCAAGAUGCCAAUGGACCAGUUCAUUCUGACUGAAAUGUACUACGACGGCUUCCAUCGUUCCUUUUGCGACGAUGACGACGACCUGAACAUCAUCCAAGAGAGCGACUCCAUCUUUGCCUUUGAGACGCCAGAGAUGUUCAAACUGGAGAACCUACGCACAAAAAGAGGAAGUCUUCUGGCCAACCUGAAUCAAAACAACUUGAAGUACGGCGUGGAAAAUGGCCGCACGCCGUCUUUCAUGCAGGGGACUUUGACUCCCGUGGUGUCCCCAAAUAAGAACAUGACACCGGAGAAAAUGAUCCUGCUGGUGUGCAACCGAGCCUGCACCGGCCACCAAGCAAAAAGGUUCGGCUUGCCUUUCGUGCUGUUCAUGGAGCGCACGGCUACCUGGGACACACUGCAGAAGGAGAUUUUGGAAAAAAUGCGCCAUCUUUUGCGACCUGGGGUCUACAUUCAGGUGGGGCCUUUCAGUCUCCGUGUGGUUGGCGUGGUCGGGAUCACCUACCUCCUCCCUCAAGACGAGCGACCGCUUUGUCACCCCACGGUGGAGAGAGCGUACAAAUCCUGCGGACAGGGUGGACCGCCCCAUGUGAAGAUUGUGGUGGAGUGGGACAAGGAGACCAAAGAUUAUCUGUUCGGGCACACGGAAGAGGAGUACAUCCCCGACGCCGAGAGCGUUUAUCUGCACAGAGAACAGCACCACCAGCCGCAGGCGUGCACGCUGGCUCAGUGUUUCCAACUCUACACUAAAGAGGAGCAGCUGGCCCCGGACGACGCCUGGCGCUGCCCCCAUUGCAAGCAGCUGCAACAGGGCCGCAUCAAGCUCAGCCUAUGGACGCUGCCGGAUGUGCUCAUACUGCACCUCAAGAGAUUCAGACAGGAGGGUGACCGCAGGGUGAAGAUGCAAAACAUGGUGAGAUUCCCUCUCAUGGGCAUGGACAUGGCGCCUCACGUGGUGAAGAGAAGCCAGAGUAGCUGGAGUCUCCCCUCGCACUGGUCGCCGUGGAGACGACCCUACGGCCUAGGGAGGAACCCCGACGACUUCCUGUAUGACCUCUACGCCGUGUGCAACCACCACGGGAGCAUGCACGGAGGCCACUACACGGCCUACUGCAAGAACUCCGUGGACGGUCAGUGGUACUGCUUUGACGACAGCGAGGUGGCGCCGGUGGCUGACGACGACGUGUGUCAACAGACGGCUUACAUACUUUUCUACCAACGCAGGACCGCCAUUCCCUCUUGGUCGGCCAACAGUUCUGUUGCAGGUUCUACCAGUUCUUCUUUGUGCGACCACUGGAUCAACAGGCUGCCCGGGAGCAGACCUGCUAGUCUAGCGUCGGGCGCCUCGUCGAGACGCACCUCACUGGCUUCGCUGGCGGAGUCGGUGGAGUUCACCGGAGAGCGCAGCGAAGACGACGGUGGUUUCUCCGUCCGGCCCUUUGUGAGGAGCAUCCAGCGCCAGAGCGUGACUUCCAGGUCAUCCGUAGCCAGCCCGCUAGCUUUGAGCGACAGCGCCGUCAAACCCUCGUGGUCGCUGUCAGCCAAGCUUCAAAUUCGCCCCAACUCGCCCUCGCGCUUCUCUCUGGACUCGCGUUGCUCGCCGCCCCUGGAGAGAAUCGGCGAGUCCUACGACGACCACGUGUCCACUUCCUGCUUCGGCGGCUACAGCCGGCACGAGCGCUACUCCGGCGGCAGGCCGCCCCCGGUGGCGGUGGAAAGCAGCUGCGGCGAGCAGGAAAACAACAAGCGAUUUCUGGACAUGAUAUACUGUCGCGCUCCCACGCCGGUGGAGAAGACGACGGAAAACAACAACCAGAUGACGGCGAAAGACCAAAACAUUCAAAACGCCCCCUCCAAAGAUCAGAACCGCAAGAGCAGCACUGGCGGUUCUGUAUCCAAGGCGGAAAGCGGCGUCGCCACCAAAUCCACCAAAGCGGAGUCAGGAAAAACCUCCAAGAAGCGCCUGUGCUCCACCCACAAGUCCGAGACGCCCACCAGCACACCCGUGAAAGGCAAAAAGGCGACCGCCACUAAAGAAAAGAGUGACAAGACAAGCGUGUCCACUCCCAGCGGGACCCCAUCCAAAAGCAAUAAGUCGCUCCCUUCCUCCAGCUCCACGCCACAACAUCGACUGUGCGCGCGCUCCACGCCGCAAUCGUCGGCGUCGCCCUCUCCCAGGAACCUCAACAACCAUGAAAAGAACCCAGAGAACGUUCGUAAGCGUCAGGUGGAGAGGAGCUACAGUCGGGAUUCUGUGGUCAGCGCUCAGCGAGGAAGCACCGCGGCGACGACGCGCUCGUCUGUCCCCAAGGCGGCGGAUGGCGGCGGCCGGGUGGAGCGGAGGUCAGUGCGCAGUUCCAGCAGCAGCUCCUCCGUCACUAGCUUACGUUCACCCAGCGUGUCCACCAGAGACCUGCAGCGCGGCAGUAAGUCGGAGGAAAAAGGCUUGUCCUUUUUUAAGAGCGCCCUGAGGCAGCGGGAAAGCCGCCGCUCGGCCGACUUGGGCAGGAGCACGCUGCUCUUCAAAAAGACCUCGGAGAGGACGUGCAAGCAGAACGGACAGGUCAAGGAAGCCGGCGUCGAGCGCGCAAAAGCCUCCGACGCCGCGGUGGCUUCCCCGCCGCCGCUCGCCGACGCUCCCAAAUCGGAGCCCAUCAAGCAGACAGGCUCACUCGGUCGCUCCCUGCUGCACGUCGGCAAAUCCAAGUCUUCCGGCGCCGACGUGAGUCUCAAGUCUCCCGCUAAAGGGACCAAGCCUCUCGAAAAGAAGACGUCUUCCCGGAAGCUGUCGUUGGGGACGCAAUCGCCCGCGCGGGCCCCGCAGAGGCCUCAGUGACGCAGCUAACGUACGUACUCUUCUCUCCAAAUGCAGCUACUGUACAUUCUUUGUGCCUAUCUUCUACUCAUAGCGAUAAAUAUUCAGACUUGACACACCCACACUCGAAAAAAAAUCAAAUCAUACCCAAGGCUGGAUUUACACUCCAGGUUCCUUAAAUGGCUUCACUGAAUCAAUGAAAGUUGUGCAUUUUAUUUAUUUAUUUAAACGUAUCCUCCGUCAUUGGCUGAAAAACUCACUGAUUCGCAAUCAUGAUGCUUUGCAGCCAUUUUGUAGCAUCUUAGCGCCAAGCAACUAUGUUUGAGCAAGUUGAGCUGCUGCAUCAACCUUAUUUGGGGAAGGCAUUAAUUCCUUUUUUUUUUUUUUAUAUCCCUAGCUAGGCCGUUUUUUAAGCACAUUUUUUUAACUGACUGUUUACACUGACAGAACACGAGUCACGCAAAUUGCACAUAAUACAACAAUAAUAUGUGAACAAUCAACAUUUCAUCGCAUCUGGUUGUUGUUUAUUUUGCUAUAGUUUAGAUGAUGAGUUUUUUGGUAUUGUUGUUGUUUAGGGCAGAUGUAGGGUGUGUGUACCUCAUUUUUAGGACCUCAGGGCAGGGUGUAUCCAGUUUGUGUUUGUGCAGAUAUUUGAAACAUAUCAGUCCACAUUUGGAAGAUUCUGGUUGACGCCGCAUAGCUCAGUUGUGCCACCUAAGGGGAAGGAGGAAAAACAAUUAAGAAUAUGUGCCAGUGGAAGCAUGCAGUGUAAAUCCAGACUUAGUAAAUGACCCCAAAUUGACUUUCUCCUCAAUGGUCUGGUCUGCUGUGGAGACCACACACAAACGCUUACCAAAAAAAUAGGAGUUUUAUUGUGAUCAACCACACACCUCCGUGCAAUGGAGUGAAAAAGUCCUUUGAAAAAAAUUUCAGUCAGGCCAACAUAUGAAAAUCCACUGUCAAAUAAUCCAACAUGUCCAUAAUCUUUCAGAUAUUUUACAACUAUUUUUGUUGACAUUUUAUGAUAGAACUGUUUUUAUAUGUUUUUUUUUUUCUUGGGAAAAAAAGGUGAGUUUUGAAAUGACACCCUUUAAAAACAAAACAAAAAUCAACAUAGAUAAUAUAUUAGCUCUAGAUGCGUCUGUAUAUAAGGUAUAUAAAAUAUGAACAGUUUUUUUCUUCCAAAUGGAAACUGAAAACGAUCUUAAGCGCCUUUUCAACACUAAUUACGCAAACCAAUACUAGUCUACUACUUUAUGCAUCACUGAGUAGGAAUGUUGUCUUGCACUUUUGAGUAGAUGGCUAGUUUCCUCUUCUCCACUAACUCGUAGAAAGAAAGAAAAAACACUCGAAACUUUAACGUAAUCAUCUCAGCAUCACGUAGUAGUUUCAUGCCUUAGACUAGAUGGGUACUUUUUUUAUGUCACGUGACUCGAGCAUCUCGCCUCAACCUGCUGUUACCUCACGUAUUUUUCUUCAUGCAUCUUAUAUUUGCUCAUAUAAUUCACGCCAUGAAAAAAAGUCAAGCCUAACAAGACUUUUUUUUUUUCUUUCUUUUAAAUAAAUGACUGCAAGUUUGCAUUCGCUUAACCUCUACACUGUGACGUGCGUCCCCGCUUUCACAUCAACUAUUACUUCCCACUUUCAAAACGGCAAUAUAUUUGUCUUCCCGUCGUUUUUAAGUAGCAUCAUGCCGCUUUGGAGCAAUAUAAGAAUAGUUGCGAUUCGUAAGGAUGUACAGAAGGGACGCACGCGUGUACAGUAAACGCUCAAGCAUGCUCGUCAUAAACUAUGCAAGUGUCUUGCUUGAGCAUGUCAGCUUCAUUUUGCACAUCGUCCUUCUAUAUCAUCACUUUGUUUAUUUUCUGCUCUCCGGGUGCUCCGAUACACUUAAAAAAAACAAAAACAAUUUACUGUUGUAAACCAGCAGGACACAACACUACGGCUGUGAUGUUUGUUUUUAAAAGUGCUGAAAGAGCUUCGUGUAUUUACUAUUUAUGUCACGCUAUAAAUAGUUCAAUAGUUUACGCAGCAAAAUGCAAUAACAAGUAAUACAUUUCUAGUUUUGUACUAUAGUAGGAACGUAUGAUCAUAUUUCACACACCAAAUGACAAGACCUGCUGGUAAAAUAUACAUAAAUUGAGAACGCUUUUUAAAAAAUAAUAAAAACUUGCAGUGCGUAUAUAGUAUAUAUUACGUAGAGAAAGACUUGGUAUCAAAUAUACUGAAUGUUUUGAGAAGGCUUAUUACUGAAAAAAUAAGGAGCUGUCAAGUGAUUGAAUGUCAUUUUGUUACGAUCAACUGGAUAUAUUUUUUUUAAGUUUUACAUUUUCUUUUCCUACCAACUUUAAUUAAAGACACUACAAUGCUGAAUGAAAGCACAUCAUGUCCCUUGUCUUGCCAGUUUAUUAGGUACAGUCCUGCAAUAAAUCCCCCCCUCCCCUCAAGAAAAACCUGGCAGGUUUAUUAAGCUGUUUUUUUAAAAAAAUGUUUAUACUUUCUUAUGCAUCACGGGAAAACACGUCAUUUUAAACAUCACCCAAGUCUUCUGUAUUAAUUUAUUUCUCUUUUUAUUGUUAUCGUGUAUGCACUUUUUUUUUAUUACUUCAAAUGUACAAUUGUGUACAUAUUUUGCUGGUUUACCCAUGUAAAAUAAAAAAAUAUGGAAAAUCA